AUAUUUGUUCAAAAGACAUAUAUAUAGACACAUAUAAAUAGAAGCAGAUAUAUGUAACCUCAGCAUUGGUAUCUCAAGCAAAUAUAUGCCGUCUAUCUCUCUCUCUCAUUGCUAUCUCCAUCUCUUUCUCUCUCAUUCAAAUGUCAAUAAACCAAUAUUCAAGCGAGUUCCACUACCAUUCUCUCAUGUGGCAACAACAGCAGCAACACCACCAGCAAAAUGAAGUCGUGGAGGAGAAAGAAGCUCUUUUCGAGAAACCCUUAACCCCAAGUGACGUCGGAAAACUAAACCGCCUCGUCAUCCCUAAACAGCACGCCGAGAGAUACUUCCCUCUCGCCGCCGCCGCCGUAGACGCCGUGGAGAAGGGAUUACUCCUCUGCUUCGAGGACGAGGAAGGUAAGCCAUGGAGAUUCAGAUACUCUUAUUGGAAUAGUAGCCAGAGUUACGUCUUGACCAAAGGAUGGAGCAGAUAUGUUAAAGAGAAGCAACUUGACGCCGGCGACGUUGUUCUCUUUCAUCGCCACCGUGUUGACGGUGGAAGGUUCUUCAUUGGCUGGAGAAGACGCGGCGACUCUUCCUCCUCCUCCGACUCUUAUCGCCAUCUUCAAUCCAAUGCCUCGCUCCAAUAUUAUCCUCAUGCAGGGGCUCAAGCGGUGGAGAACCAGAGAGGUAACUCCAAGACACUGAGACUUUUCGGAGUGAACAUGGAGUGCCAGAUAGAUUCAGACUGGUCCGAGCCAUCCACACCUGACGGUUUUACCACAUAUUCAACCAAUCACGACCAGUUUCCUAUCUACCCUGAACACUAUCCUCCUCCGUGCUACAUGGACGUAAGUUUCACGGGAGAUGUGCACCAGACGAGAAGCCAACAAGGAUAGAACAAAUACUUCACAUCUGGUCCCUGUGUGUUUAGAUGUUGAUCCAAUAAAUUUACAAGCUUCAUUUUGUAUUACUUAUAGCAAAAUCGUAUUGAUUCUUCGUUUAACCUUUCUCAGCUUUCACUCUCGUCUUUUUAUUCUUCUCUAAUGUAUUAGAUUCUUUCUAUUAGUUAACAAUUGUAUAGAAUUCAAAGUUCUGGAUAUUCC